ACUCCCACCACUACCUUACCAUCGCUCGCGGACUCCCUCGAAUAUCGUCGACCCGCAGAACAAGAUAUCGCGCUUCAGAUCGCUCGAACGACAUCACCGCUGCUCCUCAACUUGAAGCUCAAAACAAACCUCACCUACAUUUCCGAACAACAGCUUGACCAUCGCUCACGUGCGUCACUUCGAUAUCUUUGCGCGCGGACAGCCUCCUCAUCUACAACCUCGUCAGCGGUUCUCCCUCGAUCAACGAGUCCUGUCGCGAAAAGAUUCUUUCACACUCUCGCGCAGCUGAGUGGACCACAAACAUUCGGUCGCUCACCACUCGGACCUGAAACCAUCCGCCCACCAUAGCACCACGGAGUGCACUCAAAAACAACGACCCUCCCAUAAAGACACACAAUGGCUGCCGAGCUCGCGAGUAAGCUCGAAACAACGAGUCUCAACGAUUCAUCACCCGCCGGUGGGGACUGGAAAGCAGGACUGAAAGCACCCGCAAAAGAUGGCAGACAUCAGACGGAGGAUGUCACUGCGACAAAGGGAUUGGAGUUUGAGGAAUUUUACUUGAAGAGAGAGUUAUUGAUGGGCAUUUUCGAGGCUGGAUUUGAGAAGCCUUCGCCCAUUCAAGAAGAGACCAUUCCCGUUGCGCUAUCAGGCCGCGACAUUCUCGCACGUGCCAAGAACGGUACUGGAAAGACAGCAGCCUUUGUUAUCCCUACACUUGAACGCAUCAACCCGAAAUUGGACAAGGUACAGGCGCUUCUCCUUGUACCCACACGAGAGUUGGCACUGCAAACCUCGCAAGUAUGCAAGACUCUCGGCAAGCACCUUGGAAUCAAUGUAAUGGUCACGACGGGAGGAACUGGUCUCCGUGAUGAUAUCAUGCGAUUGGCUGAGACUGUUCACAUCAUUGUCGGCACCCCUGGUCGUAUUCUCGAUCUGGCUGGAAAAGGUGUCGCCGAUCUUUCUGAAGCAAAGACCUUUGUCAUGGAUGAAGCGGACAAGCUUCUGUCGCCCGAAUUCACUGUCACGAUCGAGCAGCUGCUCAAAUUCCACCCGAAAGACCGCCAGGUCAUGUUGUUCUCUGCGACCUUCCCAGUUGUGGUGAAGGAGUUCAAGGACCGACACAUGAAUGACCCACACGAAAUCAACCUUAUGGACGAGCUGACCCUCCGCGGUAUCACUCAGUACUACGCCUUUGUCGAGGAGAAGCAGAAGGUUCACUGCCUCAACACCCUCUUCAGCCGACUGAACAUCAACCAAUCCAUCAUCUUUUGCAACAGCACCACGCGUGUGGAGCUGCUGGCUAAGAAGAUCACCGAACUCGGCUACUCAUGUUUCUACUCCCACGCCAAAAUGCUGCAACAGCACCGAAACCGCGUUUUCCACGACUUCCGCAACGGUGCCAUGCGCAACCUUGUCUGCUCCGAUCUCCUCACCCGUGGUAUCGAUAUCCAAGCUGUGAACGUCGUCAUCAACUUCGAUUUCCCCAAGAAUGCCGAGACCUACCUCCACCGUAUCGGUCGAUCAGGACGUUUCGGGCACUUGGGUCUGGCCAUCAACUUGAUCAACUGGGACGACCGUUUCAACCUCUAUCGCAUUGAGCAGGAGCUCGGAACUGAGAUCCAGCCAAUUCCUCCAUCCAUUGACAAGAGCCUUUACGUCUACGACUCUCCCGAGAACAUUCCUCGGCCGAUCAACACUGCUCCUCAGCAACCCCAGUCUCAGCAGGCUGGCCGUCAGCAAGGCAAUGGUUCCGAUCUUCAAGACCCUGCCAACCGCACUUCCGGCGGCUACCGUGGUGGGCGAGGCGGUGGCGGAUUUCAAGGCCAACAACAACAGCGACAAGGCGGACAAUACCCAGCCCGACCGAAUCAGCAGAUGCCGCCCGCCGGUCCGCCUGCGGCUCAGGCAUAA